AUGAAAGUUUUGUUGGUGUGUGACUUUGACAAUACAAUCAUAGAUGACAAUAGUGACACCUGGAUUGUACAGUGUGCUCCAGACCAAAAAAGAAAUCCUAUGGAAAGGCAAGAUUCUUACCAGAAGGGGUUCUGGACAGAAUUUAUGGGCAGAGUCUUUAAGUAUUUGGGAGAGAAAGGGCUGAAAGAAGAUGAAAUGAGAAGAGCUGACAUCAACGCCUUUCACUCAGGGGACGGGAGAGCUUUUCAGCUUUCUAAGAUGAAUGAGGAUACAUUGGAUUGCAUCAUUAGUUCAGAUUCAAACUCAGUCUUCAUAGGUUGGGUUUUAGAAGCUGCUGAUUUUCAUGAUGUCUUUGAUAACGUGUUUACUAAUCCAGCAGCUUUUGAGAACAGUGCUCGUCUCACAGUUAAAAAUUGCCACACUCGUUCUUGCAAUAGCUGUCUGAAGAACCUUUGGAAGAAUGCAGUUGUGCUAGAAUUUAUAGAUAAACAGAGAAGGGGUGAGAUAUUCAGGAUUGUUUAUAUAGGGGAUUGUGGAAAUGAUGUCUGUCCAGUUACCUUUUUAAAAAAUGAUGUUGCCAUGCCGCGGAAAGAAUAUACUCUACCUAGAAUUCUUGCAAGAAUGUCUCAAAAUCUUGAGCGUAUUGAAUCUUCUGUUGUAAUUUCGUCUUCAGGUGUUGAAAUAAUUUCUCACUUACAAUUUCUAAUGAAGAGGUGUGAGGGACGAGUAGAGAUCUCUUACAAUGGUAUCUGGGGCGCAGUGUGUGAUGACAGCUGGGACCUGACAGAUGCCAAGGUGGUGUGCCAGCAGCUUGGCUGUGGUGUGGCCAUGUCAGCCCCAGCUGAGAGCUACUUUGAGAGAGGCAUGGGCCAUAUCAUGCUGGAUGAUGUGCAGUGCAUGGGGGAUGAAGCCAAGGUGUGGCAAUGCACACAUCACGGAUGGUUCUCCCACAACUGUGGGCACCAUGAGGAUGCCAGCGUGGUUUGCUCAGCGUGA